AUGCUUCCGACGUGCAGGCAUGCGUCAUGCUUCCGACGUGCAGGCAUGCGUUCAUGCUUCCGACGUGCGGGCAUGCGUCAUGCUUCCGACGUGCAGGCAUGCGUUCAUGCUUCCGACGUGCGGGCAUGCGUCAUGCUUCCGACGUGCGGGCAUGCGUCAUGCUUCCGACGUGCGGGCAUGCGUCAUGCUUCCGACGUGCGGGCAUGCGUCAUGCUUCCGACGUGCGGGCAUGCGUCAUGCUUCCGACGUGCGGGCAUGCGUCAUGCUUCCGACGUGCGGGCAUGCGUCAUGCUUCCGACGUGCGGGCAUGCGUCAUGCUUCCGACGUGCAGGCAUGCGUUCAUGCUUCCGACGUGCGGGCAUGCGUCAUGUUUCCGACGUGCGGGCAUGCGUCAUGUUUCCGACGUGCAGGCAUGCGUCAUGUUUCCGACGUGCAGGCAUGCGUCAUGCUUCCGACGUGCGGGCAUGCGUCAUGCUUCCGACGUGCAGGCAUGCGUCAUGCUUCCGACGUGCAGGCAUGCGUUCAUGCUUCCGACGUGCGGGCAUGCGUCAUGCUUCCGACGUGCAGGCAUGCGUCAUGCUUCCGACGUGCAGGCAUGCGUCAUGCUUCCGACGUGCAGGCAUGCGUUCAUGCUUCCGACGUGCGGGCAUGCGUCAUGCUUCCGACGUGCAGGCAUGCGUCAUGCUUCCGACGUGCAGGCAUGCGUCAUGCUUCCGACGUGCAGGCAUGCGUCUUGCUUUCAAUAGUGGAUUACGUCACACCCAAUAG